UUACCUUUGAAUUGUGUCUGAUUGUUUCUUGCAUCCUUUCCUCAUCUUCCAGGAGCUCCAGAAGUUGAGCAGUGUUCAGAUGUUUGAGAUAGUCCAAAUUUAGCAUUGAAUCCCCUUCAAGAGGCAUUGCAGCCCAUUUAGGAAAACACUGCCUCUCACCCAGGACUUGAUGCUGUGGGAACAUGCUGCAUUUGUACAUCUUGUAACAUGAUCACAAGCUCCAGAGAGGUUGGUUACUAGGGAUUUCAGAGCUUUCAUAGGAGCCAGCAUACCAGCAAAGAACUACACAUUCUCUUCCAACACCCUUGAUAAAUUUAGACAAAAACUUGAGUCAAAAUGGAUGAGGGUCUUCAGCACCUUGGACAGCUCGAGAAUAGUUAGAAUAAACUUAGAAAAACAUUAGUCUGUCUGUCAUGCCCGCUCUUAUGGAAUAAAUAAGGUAAACAAAACUCAUCCCCCUUUCAGGAACUGAAUGCUGCAAUAACAAUUUGUGUCCUCGUUAUUUAAUUUUCUGUAGCUACGCAAAACAGUAUGGCAAUAAAUUGUCAACCCUGUUGCUGUGAUUUUCUAGAAAACAAUCUGUUUUUAAAAUGAGAUAUUUUUUGAGAAGUAUCAGCAUUAUACUAUUUCUAAUAAUACCAUGAACACGGCCAAAUGAAUUAUAAAACUGUCAACAUGCCAUCAUCAACCCUGUUACAUCACAUAUUCAAAAAUGUUAUUUUUCAUUACAUUAACAUACCAUUAAAAUAUAUAGUUUAUAAUGGAAAGGACAUCUGAUACAUGACCCUUCUGAUUAUUUUCCCAAAAAGUGUCAAGAAUAUGAUAAAACAGACAAUGCACCGAUUAUAAUAAGCUUGACGUUCUUUAAAAGUAUCUUUGUUUUGGAUUAAAUCCAAUUUUGCUGUCAAGUAGCACAUCCUAUAAGGUUAUGUAACAAUUGAUCUUCUUUCCCUGCUGAUAAACUGACUCAAGAGCAUGUUACUUUAACUCUGAAGUGUUAUCCUGUUAUACUUUGACUUCAAAGUUCAAGAACUUAGCCACUUAGCCAUCAUUUCCUUUCCACCCAGCAACCGGACUAACUUAUGCAUUGUGUGUUCACAUCGUGGGUGCUUUACGGCACUUGCCCUCAGAAUGACGUAGUAUCACUCAUUGAUCACUGUCCAUGUCCUUUCACUGACUGCAGUCCGUUGAUGUAAACAGUCUUUUGGAACAGAUAUAGCCACGCUGGACUAAAUGUGACCAUGCUAGCUAAUCCUCUUUGCUUUGGUGAUCCCAAAGAGUCUGGAGUCCUCUGGGCUUCAGAGGCACAACAGUGUUUUCUGCCUGAUGAGUGGAAGACCAUGCAACACUAUGGCUGGCAAUUCAGUCUCUUGCUGCUGUAUUUUGAUGUUCCUCUGGAGCCUCUGAAGAACACCGGGCUCUGCAGUGUUCACUGAGAGGAGUACUUUGUUCUUAGCAGCUAAGACUGAAGCAGGACAGUCAUGAGUGCUCACACAGCCAACAGGGUGGAUCUUGACCCUGAUUACCAUUCUGAACUGGCGGACAUGGUAGCAGCUAUGAACAUGGCUGCCAACAGACUGACCCCUCCUAAUGGAUACAGGACCACCCCACAUCGCCUCAAUCUCUCCGAUCGCAAGCUGUCACUGCAGGAGCGAUCCAGUUACCAGAAUGGCGUCACCCCACGAAUAGCCAGAAGACCCACUAUUGAAUCCAAGCGGGUGUCUAUCUCUGAUGGGGAAGACUGUGUCCAGCUAAACCAGUACAAGUUAAAGAGUGAGAUAGGAAAGGGUUCAUAUGGGGUGGUCAGAUUAGCAUAUAAUGCAGAUGAUGACCAGUAUUAUGCUAUGAAGUUGGUAUCCAAAAAGAAGUUAAUGAAGCAGUGUGGAUUUCCACGGCGACCUCCUUCCAGAGAAUCCAAUGGAUCACAAGAGAAUCUUUUAAAGCAUUCUGGCCUGUUGGACCGAGUUUAUCAGGAAAUCGCUAUUUUGAAGAAACUUGACCAUCUUAAUGUUGUUAAUUUAGUUGAGGUUCUUGAUGAUCCGGCUGAGGAUAACUUGCACAUGGUCUUUGAGUGGGUACGUAAAGGUCCAGUGAUGGAGAUCCCUACAGACAGUCCUCUGUCAGAAGAAAUGGCCCGUUUCUACUUCAGAGAUGUCAUCCUAGGAAUUGAAUACUUGCACUAUCAGAAAAUUGUACAUAGAGACAUCAAACCCUCGAAUCUGCUGCUGGGGGAUGAUGGACACAUCAAGAUCGCAGAUUUUGGUGUGAGUAAUGAAUUUGAGGGGAAUGAUGCUCUCCUAUCAAACAGUGCAGGAACACCAGCUUUCAUGGCGCCUGAAACUCUGACUGACCUGGACCUGAGAUUCAGCGGAAAGGCUGUGGACAUAUGGGCAAUGGGAGUGACGCUGUUUUGUUUUGUCUUUGGAAGGUGUCCUUUUCAUGAUGAAUAUAUCUUAGGCCUGCAUGAAAAGAUCAGGGCUGCGCCAGUGGAGUUCCCAGACAUGCCUGUGAUCAGUGAUUGGUUGAAGGAUAUCAUCAUCAGGAUGCUGGACAAAGUUCCUGAAACUAGAAUCAUGUUACCAGAAAUCAAGCUGCACCCGUGGGUCACACUUGAUGGCACGGAUCUUCUGCCUCUGGAGGAGGAGCACUGCACCGUGGUGGAGGUCACUGAGGAGGAGGUGCAGAACUCUGUCAAACUAGUUCCCAGCCUUUCUGCUGUGAUCCUAGUGAAGUCCAUGUUGCGAAAGCGCUCCUUCAGUAACCCGUUCGAGUCUACCAGCCGCAGGCAGGGCAGGUCCAUGUCUGCCCCUGGAGGUCUGACUGUGGAUAUGUCGCUGUUUCGCCCUCUAAGCAGAGGGAGUAAUAGUAACGGAAGCAGAGAGGGGGAGCUGGAAAACCUUAUCGAGGAUGAAACUUCUUAAAUUUGAAAAUA